AUUUUUUAUCGUUAUCGUCACGCAUCCCUGGCUUAACCUGUCAUAGGCGAUUUAAUUUAGCAAAUUCGUCGCAACAGCCAAAAAAUGUUCUCCAGAGCUGCCCUACUUACAGCCCAGCGCCCACUGACCGUGGCCGCCACUCGGUCGGCCGCCGCAGCUGCUCAGUCUGGCAGCGGCUCCAUCGAGCGUCGCCAGCGUCCCGAACAUCCCGGCAAGGUGCGCCUGGGCUUUGUGCCAGAGGAAUGGUUCCAGUUCUUCUACAACAAGACCGGUGUCACCGGUCCCUACACAUUCGGAGUGGGUCUGAUCACCUACCUGUGCUCCAAGGAAAUCUACGUCAUGGAGCACGAAUACUACAGCGGCCUGUCGCUGGGCAUCAUGGCCAUUAUUGCUGUGAAGAAACUUGGCCCAGUGAUUGCCAAGUGGGCUGAUGGUGAGAUCGAUAAAAUCGAAAGCGAGUGGAAGGAGGGCCGCGAGGGUGAGCUCAAGGUUCUGGCCGAUGCCAUCGAGGCUGAGAAGAAGGAGCAGUGGCGCGCCGAUGGUGCCUUGCUCUUGAUGGAUGCCAAGAAGGAGAACAUUGCAUUGCAGCUGGAGGCCGCAUUCCGCGAGCGCGCCAUGAACGUCUACUCCGAGGUCAAGCGUCGCUUGGACUAUCAGGUGGAGUGCCGCCACGUUGAGCGUCGCCUCAGCCAGAAGCACAUGGUCAACUGGAUCACCACCAAUGUGCUGGCCAGCAUCUCGCCCCAGCAGGAGAAGGAGACUCUCAACAAGUGCAUUGCCGAUCUGAGCGCCCUCGCUCUGCGCGUCAAGUCCGCCUAAACGACUCGAGUUUUAGUUGCUAAAUUGUAAAUUUAAACAAAGUCGAGACGCAGGAAACAAACAACAAACCAUUACAAUGCCCGCACGAUGAUACACAUAUAUCUACUACACGCAAUACAUGCUCUGUGUCCGAAUAACAUUCUUUAUGAAAUUGUCGUUUAGUUCAAGAAAUGGAUGCUGUUUAACAUUAA